GAUGUACAUAAUGGCAGAGAGGGUGGGCGGUUGGACUGUCAAACUGCCUUAAUUUAAUUGCAAACACAUGCUGAUGAGUCCCCUCCUCCUGGACCUCAGGGCUGGGAAACUUUUUUUUUUUUUUGUCAGCUCCCUGCAGCUCAGGAUUGAGGAAAAUACACUCCAGCAAACACCAUGCUGAUCAAACCUUCAGCUCUUCUGGGCUUUUGGUGCUUUCUCCUCCUGCCUCGUUCCUCCUGUUCCUGUCCUCCUCGCUGCCUGUGCUUCAGGACCACAGUAAGAUGCAUGCAUCUGAUGUUGGAAACCAUCCCUGACAUCCCACCUCAGACGAGCAUAUUAGAUUUACGUUUCAACCACAUCAGGGAGAUACAACCUGGGGCCCUCAGGAGGCUGAAGAACCUCAACACACUGCUGCUGAACAAUAAUCAGAUAAAGCAUAUUGUGAGAAGAUCCUUUGAAGAUCUGGAGAACCUGAAGUACCUCUACCUUUAUAAAAAUGAAAUUCAGAGCAUCCAGCAACAUGCCUUCCAUGGGCUGCACUCCCUGGAGCAGCUCUACCUGCACUUCAACAGCCUGGAAACCCUGGAGCCAGAGACAUUCAGUGACCUGCCCAAACUUGAAAGGCUAUUCUUGCACAACAACAAAAUUUCCAGGAUUCAUCCAGGGACAUUCUCUCAACUGGAAUCCCUCAAACGACUACGACUGGAUUCCAAUGCACUGCUCUGUGACUGUGACCUGCUGUGGCUGGCUGAGCUGCUGCAGAAAUACGCCGAGCUGGGCAGCAUCCAGACUGCAGCCACCUGCGAGGCCCCGCGAGAGCUGCACGGUCGCUCCAUCGUCACCCUGACUGCCCAGGAGUUCAACUGUGAAAGGCCUCGCAUCACCUCAGAGCCCCACGACGUCGAUGUCCUCUUGGGAAACACGGUUUAUUUCACAUGCAGGGCAGAAGGCAACCCAAAGCCUGCCAUUAUUUGGCUCCACAACAAUAACGAGAUUGACAUGAAAGAUGACAAUCGCUUGAACCUGCUGCAAGAUGGCACCCUGAUGAUCCAGAAUACCAAGGAGUCAGACAAAGGUGUCUACCAGUGCAUGGCCAAGAACAUCGCUGGGGAGGUCAAGACCCAAGAAGUCGUCCUGCGCUAUUUUGGCACGCCAUCCAAGCCCACUUUUGUGAUCCAGCCGCAGAACACUGAAGUGCUGGUUGGGGAAAGCGUCACCUUGGAGUGUGGGGUCUCUGGGCAUCCCCACCCUCGCGUCAGCUGGACACUUGGCACAGGCUCUCCUUUACCGCAGGAUCCCCGCUUCACUAUCACCAGCUCUGGAGGGCUCUUCAUCCAGAACGUCACCUUCUCGGACCAGGGACAGUACAACUGCAAUGCCAGCAAUACUGAGGGAUCCAUCCGGGCGACGGCGAGGAUCAUAGUGCAAGAUUCUCCCAGGUUCCUCCUUGUCCCCACUGAUCAGACAGUAACCGAGGGACAAAGUGUGGAUUUUCCCUGCUCUGCUGAGGGUCACCCCCCACCUGUGAUUGCCUGGACAAGAGCAGGGGGACCGCUGCCAAGCGACCGAAGGCACAGCAUCCUCUCCACAGGGACCCUGCGAGUGAUGAGGGUGGCCCUGCAUGACCAAGGGCAGUACGAGUGCCACGCCAUCAGUGCCAUCGGUGUGAGGACCCUGCCCGUGCAGCUGGCCGUGACCCCGCGGGUGAUUCCUGUGUUCCUUCACCCCCCACAAGACGUGGUGGCAGAGACAGGCCAGGAUGUAGCCAUCACCUGCGCUGCCCAGGGGGACCCACGGCCCACCAUCACCUGGGUGAAGGAGGGGAUUCAGAUCACAGAGAGCGGCAAGUUCCACGUGAGCCAGGAUGGGACUCUCUCCAUCCAGGAUCUUGGUGUGGCUGACCAGGGCAGAUACGAAUGCAUAGCACGGAACCCCUUUGGCUUCACCUCCAGCGCCAUGCAGCUCACCAUCACCGCCACGGACGUCGGCCGGAGUGGUGACACAUUUGUAGCCACAUCCCUGCAGGAAGCCAUCAGCAGUGUGGACCAUGCCAUCAAUUCAACACGCACUGAGCUGUUCAGCAGACGCCCCAAGACACCCAACGACCUGCUGGCCCUCUUCCGCUACCCACGGGAUCCUUACACCAUUGAAACAGCCAGGGCAGGUGAGAUCUUCGAAAGGACUUUGCAGCUGAUUCAGGAGCACGUGCAGCAAGGUUUGAUUGUGGAUAUGAACGUCACAGGUUAUCGUUACAACGAUUUGGUGUCACCUCACUACCUGAACAUGAUUGCCAACCUGUCCGGCUGUUCUGCUCACCGCCGCACACCCAACUGCUCCGAUAUCUGCUUCCACAAGAAAUACAGGACCCACGAUGGUUCCUGCAACAACCUGCAGCACCCAAUGUGGGGCGCUUCUCUCACCGCCUUCCAGAGGCUCCUCAAACCUGCUUAUCAGAACGGAUUUAACCUCCCCCGGGGGUUUUCCUUGGCAGAAGAUGCCAGGGACCUGCCCCUUCCCUUACCCAGGCUUGUCUCCACCGCCAUGGUCGGGACUGAGACCAUUACCCCAGACGAGCAGUUCACACAUAUGCUCAUGCAAUGGGGCCAGUUUCUGGACCACGACAUGGACCAGACAGUGGCAGCCAUCAGCAUGUCCCGCUUCUCAGAUGGAGCACCCUGCAGCCAGGUAUGCAGCAAUGACCCACCCUGCUUCUCCGUCCUGAUCCCCGCCAACGACCCACGUGUCAGGAAUGGGCGCUGCAUGUUCUUUGUGCGCUCCAGCCCCGUGUGUGGCAGUGGGAUGACCUCCCUGCUGAUGAACUCUGUCUACGCCAGGGAGCAGAUCAAUCACUUGACCUCCUACAUCGAUGCCUCCAAUGUGUAUGGCAGCACCGAGCAGGAAUCACGUGAGCUGCGGGAUUUGAGCAACCAGAAUGGAUUGCUGAAGCGAGGGAGGAUGGUGCCCAGCUCAGGGAAGCACCUCCUGCCAUUUGCUGUGGGGCCUCCCACUGAAUGUAUGAGGGAUGAGAAUGAGAGUCCUGUGCCAUGCUUCCUGGCCGGAGACCACCGUGCCAACGAGCAGCUAGGGCUCACGGCCAUGCACACUCUGUGGUUCAGGGAGCACAACCGCAUUGCUGCUGAGCUGUCUGUCCUCAAUCCCCACUGGGACGGAGACCUCCUGUACCACGAGGCGCGGAAGAUCGUGGGUGCCCAGAUGCAGCACAUCACCUACACCCACUGGCUCCCCAAGGUCCUUGGGGAAGCAGGGAUGAAGAUGCUGGGUGAGUACAAAGGCUAUGACCCCAACGUCAACGCGGGGAUUCUCAACGCUUUCGCCACCGCCGCCUUCCGCUUUGGGCACACUUUGAUCAACCCCAUCCUGUACCGGCUGAAUGAAACCUUCCAGCCCAUCCGCCAGGGCCACGUCCCCCUGCACAAGGCCUUCUUCUCCCCUUUCAGGAUCACGCAGGAGGGUGGGAUUGAUCCACUCCUCCGUGGGCUCUUUGGGGUUCCUGGGAAAAUGCGGGUCCCCUCAGAACUCCUCAACAUGGAGCUGACAGAGAAGCUCUUCUCCAUGGCACACUCUGUCUCCCUGGACUUGGCUGCUAUCAAUAUCCAGAGAGGACGAGAUCAUGGCAUUCCACCUUACAACGACUUCAGGGUCUUCUGCAACCUCUCGUCUGCACAGGAGUUUGAGGACCUCAGAAAUGAGAUAAAGAACUUGGAGAUCAGGGAAAAACUCAGGAGCUUAUAUGGAACUACCAAAAAUAUUGACCUGUUUCCAGCCCUGAUGGUAGAGGAUCUUGUCCCUGGAACCAGAGUUGGACCAACGCUGAUGUGCCUGUUAACAACACAGUUCAGAAAGCUGAGGGAUGGAGAUAGGUUUUGGUAUGAGAACCCAGGAGUCUUCACGCCGGCGCAGCUGACUCAGCUCAGACAGUCGUCCCUCGCUCGUGUCAUCUGUGACAACAGCGACCACAUCCAGCAGCUCCAGAGGGACGUCUUCCGUGUGGCAUCGUACCCACAGGGCAUGGUGGGCUGCGAGGAGAUCCCUGCUGUGGACCUUCGCUUUUGGCAGGACUGCUGCGAGGAUUGCCAAACCCGUGGGCAAUUCAGGGCCCUUUCUCAGCGGUUCCGAAGCAAGAGAUCUCCUGGAUUCAGCUACCCUGAAGAAAACCCUGCCAAGCACAAGCCUGCCUCCCCCAGAAAUGAGGCGACUUCUCCAAGCUCUUCUUCCAGAGAGAAUCUUGAGUCCCUUGUGGCUGAACUGGAGAAGGCAGUCACUUCCCUACGGAAACAGGUGCAUGUACUAGAGAGCCAGCUGAGGUGGCACCACAGGAACACCAGCACGUAUGAACAGGGGAAGAAGACUGGGGACAAACGGAGAAAAAGUUGACCGUAUUGCCUCCUCGUAUAUGAGCCUCCAGAGGACCUCUGUGGGGAGAGAGAGUAAGAAGUGCAGUGAUGGAGCAGAUGGACUGGUUCCUCCUCAAGGUAACGAGGACAUCUUGGCACAUGGAGCAAUCCAUUAUUUGCUUACAUAUUGACAGAGAUUUCCCCCUUGACAACUGAGUCACUUUGCACCUCUGUGCUGAAAGCAUCAGUCCUAUGUUUGCUCGACUCCAGCCAAGGGAGCGAGGCUGUUGUAUUUCUCAAGUCAGUAUAAGCACUGCAGCAGUGGCAGAAAUCUGCAAGACCUCUGGUUCCCUGUGUUCAGAGUCACAGUGAGCACAGGCUGAGUUCCCUUCCUGCCACUUCCAUGGAUAUCCCUGCAGCCUUGAACAACUCGCUGGAACCUGCCAGUCUGGAGGAGGUGGUUGAUAGUUUUUACGUGUUGCAAAUUACUACUUCAUGGACAAGAGGAGUUAUGCAGAAGCACUGCCCUGCCAGGCAGUCUGUGCUAGAAGAAGCAUCCACUGGAAGUUAGAUUAAUGGGGAGGGCACACCAAGGCUGAUCUGUGCUGAUAAUCUCUGUGGAAAAAGGAGAAGCUUGUAGACCGCCCAUGCCAUUUUCCAGCCUGAUUUGAUAUGUGGGUUUCUGCACAUUUUCCACUUGAAUACCGAUCCUGUUCAGAAAUUUGACAGCCAUAGGCUGCACUGCUACCCACACGAAUUGGCUUUUCUUUGACAUCAUUUGCAGAUCCUUGAAGAGCGCUGUAGGGGUUUUACAGGGUCCCCCAGAUCUAUUUGUCAUUGUAAAGGAUUAUUGCUGUUCUUGUGCUGCAAUCACACGUGCCUCAGGCACAAUACAAAUGGUGAUCUCUGCCUCUCACAAAGUUUUUUUUCUCUUUUUUGUGCUGUUCCAGGUGUCUGGUGAUCUGUGCUCUUGCUCACCGUCAGCCAGUCCAACCCAUUCUUCAGAGGCUCCAAGCAACCCAUGAGCCCCCAUGACACCCUGCCACCUCCUGUGCCACCUCUUGUCCCAGAACAUCUGUCCUUCUGCCUGUAUUGAGCCCUGCACUGCAGCCCCUCAGCCCCUGCACUGUUCCAGCCCUUGUCAACCUCUAGGGAUGGGCUCUGCCACCACCACACUGUCCUGCUAGAUGGUGCCAAGAUGCCACUUCCUUCCACCAGUCCUCAAGAAAUGGAGGAUAACUGAAGCUGCCUUAGAUUCACCAUUGUGCCCUUCUCCUCUUUUCAUCCAUCUUUGACAUCAUCUUCCUACCCCUGGUCUGAAAUGUUAACUGAAAGAAUUCAUUACGAGACAAAACCUCUCUCAGAUGCACUAUCUUCAAGCCAGGAAACAUCUGGAAAAAUCUGUAUGUGGUUUGAAAAAAGGAAAAUUGAACAAGCAUGAGAUACUCUAAUGCUAACAGAAAAACCAAAAGGAACCUGAGGGCCCUGGAAAGCAUUGUGUGGGCUGGGCUGGGUCCAUGCCUGCAGCAGUGAGCUGGAUCCAGAGCCUGGGGAGGUCUUGCAGUUGCUUGGGUGCUUCAGGACAAGCUGUGGCAGCCCACCAUGCUGAGGCCUGCUGCUGUGCUUUGCCACCUGAUUGGUAAUGGGUGGCACAUCCUCAGUGCUGUGACCCUAUGAGUGACCUCCCAUUGCUUGCCUGGUGCUCAGAAACAUUUUCUUCAAUACUAACUGCAUUCUCCAGGGUUCUGCCCUUCUGAGGUUUAAUUGGAUUUAUGUUUCUCUUCCUUUUUUUUUUUUUUUUUUUUAAACUCCCAAUGGCUCUUCACUGGAAGAUGUGUUUUGAGUGUAAAUGUAGCAGGACCUGCAACAGAACCUCUGAUAAUUAGAUGUAAUGGGCACUCUCAUUAGUGAGGGGGAGCUGCUGGUUUCUGUCAAUUAGUACUGGAGAACACGAUGUGCAGUAUUUGACACACUGAUGAAUGCGAAGUGCUGCUUGUGUUUAUUGCUCCUAGGUGCUCUGCAACGAAACCACGACUGUGCAACCAGCUCUCCUGAGCUGGUCUUCUGGUUUCCUUGCUCUUUGGAGGUGCUUUUUAGUGGUGCUAGAACUGAGGUCCCUGUGCAUCCACCACAGCCACCUAUCUGUGGGCAGAUUGGUUCUUAAUCCAUCUGUGUAAGCCAAGCACAGGGGCUGAGAGAAGAUACUUGAUCUGUUUGAUAGCUGUGCCUUAUCUUUUUCACUUUUCCUGUGUCCUCCCACCUGCCUUCCCCAGUGCAAGGACCCACAUCUUUUAUGAAUGUGCUUUCCCUCAUCUUCUCCUCCUUUUUUUAGAUGUGUGAUAGUACCAAGGGGAUUCAAAGCAACAGAGAUGCUCCUGGAACUUAAUAGGAAAAUAAAACAAAAUAGGAGAAAAAGGUUGUGAUUUCUCAGCAAUUUCCUGGCGUGGGACUCUGAGCUGUGUGUGCAUGUCCUGUGCAGACAGAGGCUGCAGUGAUG